CCUCUCCCCUCUAGCCUUGGAGGAUAGGCAGAUCAGAUAAGCAGACUGGCUGGAUCUCUCUCUCUUGCACUCAAACAGAUCUAUCUAAAGUACGCCUGUCUGUCUAUCAACGAUGGUGGUCCCUGGCUCUCAACACGCAGAGGACAAGAUGUAUCAUCCUCCGGAGGGUCUGCAGCAGGAUGCUCAUGUGCCUGACUUCAGCUGUUAUCUGGAACUUUACAAGAAGUCUAUUGAGGAGCCGGACGUAUUCUGGAAAGAGGUCGCUAGUGAUUUCUAUUGGAAGAAACCUCCUACCGGUCAGAUUCUGCAGUAUAACUUUGAUGUGACCAAAGGAAACAUCUAUGUGAAGUGCAUGGAGGGAGCCAAAACGAACAUGUGUUACAACGUCCUGGACAGGAACGUGAAGGACAAGAACCUUGGUGAACGAGUGGCAUUCUACUGGUAAGACAACAGUUAUUGUUGUAUCUACUCUUAUCUUGGUCAGGUCAUUUAUUGUAAAAUACAAUGUGUCCCUCAAUGACUUACCUGAUUUAAUAAAUAAAAAAAGAAGGCAACAAUUAUACUCAUUGAAAAAAGAAAGCAGUGAGCCAGUCAGCCAAUGCACAGUGAACUUUACUUACCCACAGUGAACUGCACUUAACCACAGUGAACUGCACUUACCCAGAGUGAACUGCACUUAACCACAGUGAACUUUACUUAACCACAGUGAACUGCACUUAACUACUGUGAACUGCACUUAACCACUGUGAACUGCACUUAACUACUGUGAACUGCACUUACCCACUAUGAACUGCACUAAACCACCAUGAACUGCACUUACCCACAGUGAACUGCACUUACCCACAGUGAACUGCACUUACCCACAGUGAACUGCACUUACCCACAGUGAACUGCACUUACCCACUAUGAACUGCACUAAACCACCGUGAACUGCACUUACCCACAGUGAACUGCACUUACCCACAGUGAACUGCACUUACCCACAGUGAACUGCACUUAUCCACAGUGAACUGCACUUAACUACAGUGAACUGCACUUACCCACAGUGAACUGCACUUAACUACUGUGAACUGCACUUACCCACUGUGAACUGCACUUACCCACUAUGAACUGUACUUAACUACUGUGAACUGCACUUUACCCACUGUGAACUGCACUUAACUACUGUGAACUGCACUUACCCACUAUGAACUGCACUAAACCACCAUGAACUGCACUUAACCACAGUGAACUGCACUUACCCACAGUGAACUGCACUUACCCACAGUGAACUGCACUUACCCACAGUGAACUGCACUUACCCACAGUGAACUGCACUUACCCACUAUGAACUGCACUAAACCACCAUGAACUGCACUUACCCACAGUGAACUGCACUUACCCACAGUGAACUGCACUUACCCACAGUGAACUGCACUUAUCCACAGUGAACUGCACUUAACUACAGUGAACUGCACUUACCCACAGUGAACUGCACUUAACUACUGUGAACUGCACUUACCCACUGUGAACUGCACUUACCCACAGUGAACUGCACUUAACUACUGUGAACUGCACUUACCCACUGUGAACUGCACUUAACCACACUGAACUGCACUUAACCACACUGAACUGCACUUAACCACGUGAACUGCACUUACCCACAGUGAACUGCACUUAACCACAGUGAACUGCACUUACCCAGAGUGAACUGCACUUACCCACUAUGAACUACACUAAACCACGUGAACUGCACUUACCCACAGUGAACUUUACUAAACCACGUGAACUGCACUUAACCACAGUGAACUGCACUUACCCACUAUGAACUGCACUUACCCACAGUGAACUGCACUUACCCACAGUGAACUUUACUAAACCACGUGAACUGCA